CUCGUCUUAAAUAAAUCAGGGUUGACAGAUGCGCAUCGCUGAGCUUUUUGUGACACAGAUGUACACGUCUACGAAAAUGCAAAACAAGAGACGUAAUUCACACCUUUGCUUGCUUUCAAUCAGCGUUCUCACGUAUGUUGCAAUUAAUUUCACGAACGGACAACAUCAUGGACACGCGCACGAUGAACCGGCGUCGUUUAAAUAUUCACAGCAGGCGAACGAAGAGCCACCGGCUGCGGAUGUGAACCACGGCCACGCACACAGUCAUGGACACGGGGUACACGGGCAUGCUCACAAGCAUGGAGAUCAUGGUCACGCACAUUCCCAUGGUGGCAAUGAUCAUGGUCACGCACAUUCCCAUGGUGGCAAUGAUCAUGGUCACGCACAUUCCCAUGGUGGUAAUGAUCAUGGUCAUGCACAUUCCCAUGGUGGCAAUGAUCAUGGUCACGCACAUUCCCAUGGUGGUGGUAAUCAUGGCCACUCGCAUGGGAAGAAGGAUCAAGGCCAUGUACACUCGCACAGUAAAGAAAAACAGGAGCCUGUGAAAAAGUCCGAACCAAAACAGGAGCCUCUGAAGAAGUCCGAACCAAAAGUAAAGAAUACUGGUAUGAAACUCUGGAUAGAGGCUUUGUCUGCCACAGCAAUAAUCAGUGUAUCGCCUGUAUUUAUUCUACUGUUCAUUCCACUUGACAAUACUGACCAACAUCAACCUCUUCUGAAGAUUCUGCUCAGCUUUGCGUCUGGUGGAUUGCUGGGAGAUGCUUUUCUACAUUUGAUUCCUCACGCUGUGGCCCCACAUUCACAUGGUGGUGAAGACCACGGCCAUUCACAUGAUCACGGACAUUCACAUGGCGAAGGGGGCCAUUCUCAUGACAUGUCGGUAGGUCUUUGGGUCCUCGCUGGGAUCAUCACUUUCCUUAUCGUGGAGAAGUUUGUAAGGAUUGUGAAAGGUGGACACUCGCACUCACAUUCUCAUGCACCACCAGUAGUUGCAGACAAGAAGGAUGAGAAGCAAAGCAAAGAUGACAAGAAAAAGUCUGAUGAUGACAAGGAAUCCUCUGACAAAAAAACUGAAACUGACAAAAAGACAGAUGAGACUAAACAUGUAGAAGUUGUGGAGGAUAUUAAGGUGGCUGGCUACCUCAACCUGGCUGCAGAUUUUGCUCACAACUUUACGGAUGGGCUAGCAAUUGGUGCUUCAUUCAUGAUGGGGCAGAGCUUGGGAAUCAUCACAACAAUAACUAUCUUCCUGCAUGAAAUUCCUCACGAGAUUGGCGAUUUCGCCAUACUGGUACAAUCUGGUUGUACAAAGAAAAAGGCAAUGAUGCUGCAGUUUAGCACAGCCAUCGGAGCGAUGCUGGGGACCAUCUGCAGUCUGUUUGCAGAGGGUAUCGGAAACGAAGCCACAGCCUGGAUCUUGCCAUUCACCGCUGGUGGCUUCAUUUACAUCGCUACUGUGUCGGUAAUACCUGAGCUUCUAGAGGACACAAAGCUUGGGCAGUCCAUUAAAGAGAUCUGUGCUCUACUUGUCGGGGUUUACAUGAUGGUUCUUAUAGGGCAAUAUGAGUGAAGUAGGUCUAUAAAAUAGUUUUCCUUGAAAACAUUAUUUUUUCUUCUCUGUGCUUACCUGAGCAUGCAGUGCUCAUGGAAAGCUAUUGUGGUCAGACUAUGUUUAGCGUCCUGUUUUGUUAGCUGUAAGCUUAUAGCUAGUUAUCAAUCAAGAGAUCAAAUUCAGUACACAAACUCAAUAUAACUUGGACUGAAUGUUUAUCUUGAUGAUAUCUUGGUAGAGUUCAAAUCUGGGUAAUGUUCCCCCAAAACAAGGUCACCAGAUUAAUUAGUAUAUAUAUUUCUUUUAACCUUUCAAGGCCAUGUUGGAAUAUGGGUCAAAAGUGAUAAAAAAAACAGUUCACCAGGUCAAGUCCUCAGCAAUUUCUGUACCUUUGACUCAGGUGAGCGUGUUAGUUCUAUCAUGGUCCACUUGGAUUAGUAGUAUCUUAUUAGGGAUACAUUAAAUUGUCUUGACUUUGUAUAGUUGAUGUUCAUUAUGUACUGUUUCAUUUCGUGCUCAGUAAAUAUUGCAGAUUUUCUUUCUAAACAUUGUGAUCAUGAUUAAAUGACAGUUGUGGAUAUGUUCACUAAAAGUAUAUUGUUUAAUUUUAGUUCCAACAUUUUGAAGUAUUGAUUAUUCUUCUGGACGACAUAAUGUUUGUGUCUAACCAAAAAACUAUUAAGAAGUGUCACUCUGUUGCUGUUUUACUUUAUUUUAUUUGUCAUUCAAUUGAGCGUGUUUGAAGCUUUGACAAUUGAUGUUAACAGCUGUAGAAAAGAGUUGCUCACAUAGCCAACUUAAAUGACUUGAUGGAAAUAACUUGCUAGUUCACUGUUUUUCAGCACUGCAGUUAAUAUUUGAUAUGGUAUGCUAGUCAUUCCGCUAAAAGACAUCUUACAGUUUCAUUAUACCAUGUUCAAAGAAAACUGUGCAUUUGAUUAUUGUAUUUAAAUUAACGAGAUUCAGAAUGGUUAGUUAAAUACAAAGACAUUUGUCUUCAAACCUCUUGUAUGCAUUGUUUUGGAUAUUAUUAUGUAAAAAAGAGCUUGUAUAAAUGUUUUAUGUUUUAUUAAACUAUGAUAUACUUAACAUAUCAUUUGCAUUUACAUAAUUUAUGUUGGCAAUGUGCAGUGAUGAAUUGAAUGUUAAUGGUGAUAAAGUUAUUUUACUUUUAGAAUAUGUCUACAAAUAUAAAUAAUAUUUGGGUUUUUGUUGCAAAAUUUAUAGGAAUUUACUUGGUCAAGUGAAAACAUUAUAUUGCAUUUACCAAUAAUGCUUGUUUUAGAAUUUUUAUUUCUUAUUUAUUUCAUUUUUUCCAGUGUUAAAAGUGUUUUUGAGGCUUAUCUAUUGUGGCUUGUCUGACUUUGAAUGUAACCUUUGUUUCCGUUAUAAUUGUUGACAACCAGUGUCUCCUUGGAAAAAACAUAACUCCAACACAAAUUUGCAAAUCUAAAACAUUUUGUUUUAAAUUUUGUCAAUUUAUCUAAACGUGAAAAGGUCACUCUUAAUUAUUGACAAAACUGUAUUGACAGUGUUUGAAUGUCUAUCUUACCUGCAAGAUUGUAACUUUUAUCUCAUAUGAUGUAAUUUUCUUCACGUUAUUCAAAACUGUAUGCGUGUGCUGUUGUUAUGUAUAAGGGGUGGAGCGCUGAAAUUAAUUUUAUUCCCCCGGUAGGAGGGCAUAUAGUGAUUGGACUGUCCGUCCGUCUGUCCAUCUUUCCGUCACACUUUGCGUUUAGGUUUCGAAAAAUGCUCAUUACUUCUAUGUUCCUUGACAUGUAACCUUCAUAUUUGGUAUGCAUGUGUAAAUGGACAAGGCCUUUUUAAUAUGCAUACAAAUUUUGACCCCUGUGACCUUGACGUUGAACUAAGGGUCUGCGUUUAGGUUUCGAAAUCUGUGUUUAGGUUUCGAAAAAUGCUCAUAACUUCUAUGUCCCUUGAGAUAUAACCUUCAUAUUUGGUAUGCAUGUGUAUAUGGACAAGGCCUUUCCAUACGCACACAAACCUGUGACCUUGACGUUGAACUUAGGGUCCGCGUUUAGGUUUCGAAAUCUGCGUUUAGGUUUCGAAAAAUGCUCAUUACUUCUAUGUCCCUUGAGAUAUAACCUUCAUAUUUGGUAUGCAUGUGUAUAUUGACAAGGCCUUUCCAUACGCACACAAAUUUUGACCCCUGUGACCUUGACCUUGAACUUAGGGUCCAUGUUUACGUUUCGAAAUCUGCGUUUAGGUUUCGAAAUAAAGCUUAUAACUUCUAUCAAGCGUUUAUAGGGGGCAUAAGUCAUCCUAUGGUGACAGCUCUUGUUUAUAACAUAAAAUAUCGGGAGCUAUGCUUACCCAACAGCUAUAAUACAAAAUAAAAUUGUAUUUCACUGACUAUAUGUUUGGUGAUGGUCUGACAUGUGUGGGGUGUUUGCAAGUAGUGAUCAUGAGCUAUAUAUGUACAUUAUUAUAUUAUAUGUCAUAGGGACUUUCAAUCACAUGCAAUAAAAGUUGCCUUUAAUAAUUAAGUUAUGUUUUAGAACAAUAAGGAGUAUGUUUGUGUGCAUCAUGCAGAUGUAAGUUAAGAUUUGUAGAGGAAUACAUUAUAUUGGCAUAUGGACAGGUAUGAGUAUACAGACAGUAUAGUUGUUAAGAUGCUUACAGCACGUGCUGAUGUGUACAGAAGUGUUUACAGUUCCUAGUUUCAAGGUAAAAUACAAGAGUAUAAAGAGUAUAAACAAGUGAAGUCAAAGUCAAAUUUAGUAUUCUUAAAAUUAAUAUAAAACGUUAAUGGCUUUUUCACAUAAUCUUUUGCAUGUACAUGGCUUUGCUUUAACAGCGCGAUGAUAUUGUUAUCAUUUAAUUGAAAUUAAUUAGUAUUGAAAAAUGUUGUAAAGCUAUGUAAAUAUGUUUAAAAUACUUACCAAACAGCUAUAAUACAAAAUAAGUUGUAUUUACACUGAUUUUAUAUUUGGUGAUGGUCUGUCACGUGUGUAGGUGGUGUUUGCACUUAGUGAUCAUGAGCAAUAUAUGUCCAUAGGCACUUUGAAUCAAUUAAGGGAUUGAAAUGUUUCUUAUUUUCCUAACUCCUACUUUAUUUAUGGUUCCAGAGGCAAAGUAUUUACGAUUUAAGUUUACUAUAAAUUUGGAGAUAAUUUUAUUUUUACAUUAUGCAUUCAAGUGACCAAUGAAAUUUCUGAAUAAAUGCCCCUUACUUUUCCCCUUAACGGACUGGAAAGUUAUUUUCCUGACUUUUAUGGUCAAACUACUGGUAAAAUUAGUGAAAUGUAGUUAAAUCAUACAUAAAAAUAAUGCCAUCAUAACCAAAGUUAUCCGUUUCUUAUAUAGUUAUUGGUGCAAAAAAAUAUUCUACCUGUCCAACUUUGUACUUGACGUGAACUUACUUACUAGCAUAAUAAAACGAUAAACGUG